AGGCAGCAGCUCCGCGGCACCACCGAGCCUCUCCGCUCCGGGUGCUGCCUGCCGCUGCUGGGGCAGGCGCCCGGCUGCUGCCUGCCAGGCACUGAAGCUCAUGAAGAGAAAGCUGCUUGCCCCUUCUCCUACUGCCUGCAAAGGAAGGGCAGCAGCAGGGAUGAUGCUCAGUUAGGCUCUCACUUGACGUCUCAAGACCGGGAGUAAGAGCCAUCCCUGACAGCGAACCAUGUGAAUUCAAGAGCAGAGAAGAAAGUGCACUUGGAGUGUCUGUUGCUGAAAAGACAAUAUCCUGGCUCCAGCAAUAAGACAGCAAAUCUUUUCUGCACAAAUCCCACUACCUGGGAGGAGAUGUUCCUACAUAAAUCACCAGCCAGCUCAUGAUCUGAACCAGCUGCUCUAGUGCCUAGUUCCAGCAGCCCUGCCUGCUCUGAAAGAAAGCCAACUUUUUGACUGUUCCUAAUAAGAAACUCAGAACUCCAUACUCUUUAAGCAAGUAUCAAUAGCCCUGUAUUAGGAGAGAAGAGAUCCCUCAGCAGCCUGGCAAGGCAGAAAACAACCUUUCCCAGUUCAUAAAAGGAUAAACCACCUGCUGUGGGAGAAAGCUGGCAGAAAGCUGACUCAGUUUGUUUGGAAAACAACACUUGCAAAGACCAAAACCGUAAAAACCUUUGCAGCUCAGUUUGAGUUUACAAGGACCAAAGCUUUUCACCUACCAAAGGAGGUGACCAAACCUGAAGCUCCAAAGAAGAACCAAAGCAUUUUCAAGACAAAUAAAAGCCAGAUGGCAGUGUAAAACACAAGUUUAAUGUUCGUUGUCAUUGUAAUAGCAACUUGCAAAAUUAUUUGCAAAGGCCUGUCUCAUGCAGUAUGCAUAACUGUGUGAACCAGCAGUUUGAGACCAAGAGAAUGGUGCAUUUCUUGCUGAAGCCAUCGUGCCAUCUGUCCUAAGUUUCCUCUCUUGUCCUCCUUUGUGAGUCUGGUGAGGGAAGACAGGAAAUCUGAAGGUAAAUAGGGAAAAUGGACCAAAGCUGACAGAGAGCAAUGACUGAGAUUUACUUCAAAUUCCAUGGAAACCUGACUGGCCGCGUCCACUUUCCAACUUUGGCUACAGAAGUAGACACAACAGCAGAUAAAUACUCCAGCCUGUACGUGUAUGUGGGAUUGUUCCUAACACUUCUGGCUAUCCUUCUCAUAUUGCUUUUCUCCAUGCUCUUGCGCCUGAAGCAUGUUAUUUCCCCAAUCACCACAUCUCCAGAGGGCACUGAGAACAUCCAGCAGUUCACAGAUGUGGAAAUGCACAGCAGGAUUCCUACCACUUAGAGACCCCAAAGCAAAGAGGGCUCUGUGCUUGUGAAACAUGUUUUGUUUGGCAAAAUGGUGGUGUAAAGAAUCUCUGCCUGCCUAUCGAGCCCUACAACUUACUGCACAAUCAUCAACAGCAGCACAGAGCAUCUGGAGGGUGUUACGCCACUCAGACUGACUGGCUGGGUCCCACUGACUGUUGACACUACAGGCAACAUGUGAAACACCCUCAAUAAAAUUUACAUUACAGAAAUCUAUUGAUAUCAGGAAAGACUCAUAGCCUUCUAAAAGCCUUUGCAGAAAAUGGUAAAAGCCACAAUAAUGACAGCCAGUAACCCAAAGAAACACAUACCAGAACGUGUCCUAGAGCCUGUAUUUGCUGACCUCUCUCUCUGCACUUAAAUUCCUUGCUUGUUAAAAAGAGUUGAAUCAACAAAGUUAAGUGGUGUAAUGGGGAAGAGCCCACAGGGCACAUACAGAAAUUAUCAGUGGUUUGGCAAUUUUUAGGCAUUUCUCUCAUUCAAGAACUAAAACCUUAAAAUUCCUUUUUUCAUCUUGAAUGGUGAUUUACACAAUGGAGUUUUAGAAGUAUGUUUCAUCACCUGCUGGAACUAUUGGUUUCUGACAUUAAAAACCAUACAGUGAAUAGUUUCAUUCCAGAUAUCAGAAGGAGACAGGACUUUUAAAAGAGGAAAGCAAAUAAAGAUAAAAUUUAACAAAGGUUUAAAAUAAGAAGAAAGCAUAAGCAGGAAAUGAGCAGCAAGAGAGAAAAAAUGUUAAAAGACAUUUCUACCUCUCUUCCUUUGUUCUCCAUUAGUGGAGUUGAAUACCUUUCAGCCUUCCCAGUAUCAUUCAGUAAUUAAAAUGCAGUGUAAAGUUUGUGAGUCAAAUGGACACUGUUCUCCUAGGAGACUCAAAUUAAUAACAUUUUCUCUCAUAUUCAUUUUGGGUUUUCUUUCACAGAAGACAGACUAGUUCUUCCAAAGAUUUUCAUUUGUUUUCCUCCAAAGAAAGCUGAAGAAAUGCCAGGUCUUGGCACUGCAAUAAUGAAUAGUGUGAACAGCUUUGAACAUAGACUUGUAGGGAACAUGCAUUUGGAAAGUUAACUCACUGAGUAGUAAAAGAUAGAAAUGGAUUCAAAUAUCCUGGCUGAUCAUUUGGAACAGCGAGGAAAAAAAAUGUUUACUUAAAUUUAUGAAACAACAAUCUGAUCCAAUCCUCUUACCUAUGAAUGAUAUACAGAGAUAGAUUUUGAUUCUGUGCAUAGGAAAGACGGAAUCAAAUAUGGCAUAUCAAUUCAGGGAGAGCCACUGCCUCUUACAGAAAAUCCUCAAGCAAGAUUGUUUCAGCUACAUUUCUAAAGGACACGAAUGUUACCAGUUUAUCCUCUGUAUUACAGUCUAAUUCUAGUGUAGUGAUAAAAUCCCCUGGUGCUUUUCACAUUUAUAUACACUUAUUUGCCAAUUCUUUCUCCAAGGGCUUGGAAAGUUUAAACUCCCCAUACAAAAACAGUGCUAAAAUUAGAGAUGACACUGACUCCAUGGACUUGUGAUAGUAACAAGAAACUGUUUCUCAAAUGCUUUGUGUACAACAGGUUCUUUAUUUACCUUUAAAGGUCUGUAGAUGGGUGAGCUGUUUGGACUAGGAAUAUGGCUUUUACAACUGACAGGGUGGGGUGGGGGGAAAGCAAUCAUACUGGAUACAGCUGGUCCAUAGGCAGGACUACUGUUUUCCUCACUGAUGUAUUUAGUAUAAAACUAUUUUAAAAGUGCUUCUUUAUAUUGAAUAGCACCUUUUAUACUCCAUUAACUCUCAUAUAAGCAGGUAGCAUGGUGACUGUGUAAGGAAUACAGAAAACAAUACACACUCAGCAGUAUCUCCCCAUGCCAUGCUUGGCUGUGUUUACCUGGAAAACAAGGCAGGAUGCAGGUUGCCCUCCAGCUUUCUGCUAUAGGGACAACAUACAGAUACCACUAGGUAGAAUGGUGGCUUCACACCCACCUAAAGAUUGGCUCCUCAAGGAGUGCUACUCUCAGUGCUGCACAAGAGCCUAAAUUCUGUGUGAUGAUUUGGACAUUAAUCCAACUAAGACAGGCAGCUACCGAGUUAUCCAGUGACAUUUAAAUUUAACAAAAAUCUGUGUUGAUCAAGUUGGCUUGCUAUGUGUCAUUCAUUCAGCCAUCAUGAGGCAGACCAGCCCAGGCUCAACAUCUGGCUUGCACUGUACAGCCUCUCAGUUUUCUUGAUGUGCCAUUCAAAAGCUACAACUUACUGAGACCAUAAAUGUUCUAACAUACUAAAUCAGCAACUAAACCUCUUCAGCCUUCCAGCACAACUGUCUGUGGAAAAGCCUUAUUUCCAAGAGGCUGCAGGACAGAUUCAAAUGUUAACAUAAAAUAUCAGACCUACUAGUGGAAAAUGACAGUAUCAGAAAUCAAGCUGGGACCCAAAUUUUGAUUGCUUUGAUCUCAGCUGAAAAGCCCCCAAAAGUAGGUGUCAAGACUGCAUUUCUUUCCUUCAUACUAAAGAAUGUUAAUUCAGAAGUGUCUCACAACCCUUUAAAACUUGUUCAGUAAAUAUGCUGUAAAUAAAAGAACAAUCACUUUAUAUAUCAUUACAUUAUAUCACAUUAUAUCUUUGGGCAGACUGGGUAUUUCUGUACAAUACCGUUAGGGAAGGCAGCCCUAUCUAACACAAAGAUCACAAGUUUUCCUUUCCAAAGCUUCAUUUCACACAAAGUAUCUGUCCCAGUGGAUACAUCUACAGUCCCAGAGGCACUCAGAGUGACCCAUUUGUACAACACCAGCAAAUUUUAAAGGUUUUUUCCCACUGUGAAACAGAAGAAUACCUUUCCCCCUUUUGAUUCUCAUUGUAAUGCCCAAGCCCUGAUGUCUCUGAGAAAAGAGAAUGUUGGGGUGCAUUGACCUGUGUUUGCUGAGUGGACUUCAGUGGACUUUGGCAUUCUUUGGCUAUAAGGAGUGGUUACUGGAACUUCUGCAUGGAUUUUCUGGAUCUUGAAAAAGUGCAGGUGUCACAUUCAUACCCUUCCCCUCCAGCAGUCUGUUUCCUCCCUACUUGUCCAUCUGCUACAGAAAAAUGGGAGUUUUUACAAAAAUAAAGACACAUACUACUAACAGUGGUGAGUCAUUGACUCUCUGUACUAUUUCCACAUGUGGAUCUGAGAGACCAGCUCAUAUGCAGAAAUAGGCUCAAGUAGUACCACUCCUUCCAAAUUAAUUGUUGGCCUCAGGGUGCAUCUGUGUAAGCAGAGGCCCUACCAGUCUGUGUAAGUAUUACUUGAACCAGGACAGUUUGCUCCCCUCUUUACUCCCAUCUUAGACAUUGGAAACAAAUACGACUAUUUAGUUAAUUCAUCACCUCCUCCAUUCCCUACCUGCAGGGGAAGACAGCCACCAGCAUGGGACUGUGAGGUCACAGUAAGCCUAUAGUUAUCAGAAACCCACCAUUGCUCCCAAAUCUCCCAGGGUAUUUAGUCUAGGAUGUGUCAGGACAUGAGUAUGGUGUAACUCCCUAAACCAUAUAUAUUCUACAGGAUUUAUGCUUGGGUAAUCUCAUCCACAUGAUAUCCAUCCACAUCCAUGAAUUUU